AUGAACGGCUGGGAUGAGAAAACAGUGUGUUCAGUUGCGUGGAGCAUUCGUCUCUCAUUCAUUGCACGAGCAUCUUCACUGCGUUUCCUCCACCAGCUCCCACACAGCUUGGGCACCGUGCGUGCACCAGCAAAUUUCCGUCCUCUUCGAUUGCACGUGUUGAUCGCCCGUCUCGUUGAUCCGCGGGCUUGGUCCGUCUUCACCGGCGCGCUAAACCGCGAGGCGAUGGAGUUGUUGCAUGCGCGUGUGGGCGCCACCAAGACGGACAUGCUGGCCAGCGUUGUGGCGCCGGCUCCCCUUACCCCGCCUCCACUCUCGCCUCCCACAGCUCCAACUUGGCAGCUCCCAGCACCGUUGCUCCGUUGCGGGUACCUGAAUCGCUAUCGGCCAUGGGCAAGGGUAUGGGAACGCACAUGGCACCGUCGCUAUUUUGUGCUGGCGGGCGAUCUAUUGAUGGCGUGGGAGUCGGAGAGGGACACGGAGCAUCGCCCUGAGGAGGCCGUGCUGCUCCACUCGUGCGUCGUCGCGCUUGAAGGGGCCAAGCCCGACGGCUUCAGCGCCACCAAUUUCUUCAUCUUCCGCCUCGAGGACUCGCAGGGCAACAUGCUGCUGCGCUUGAGCUCCAGAGACGAAGCAGAGGUUUACAACUGGAUGCUUGCUUUGCAGGCGGCAGGGUGCUGUACGCCCACAUCAUCGUGCACUGCACCGCACCUGCAGCAGCACCACGCUGCAGGCACCACAAAGGGAAUGGCGGGUUCGUUGAGAGCGGAGGAGGCGGCGGGGGAGGCGUCAGAGGCGUCGGCGGGCGAGGUGACGAGCAGCAGCUCCUCCGUUGAGCGCGCUGACAGCUUUGCUGCCUCUCUGCGCCACGCCCCGCUGCAUGCCGCUUCACAUGGCCGGGAGGGCGCAUGGCCGGGCGGGGCGUGGGCGCAGCAAGGGGCGGCAGGCGGUGGUAGCCACAGCGAAGCGGCAGGGGUGCGCCGCAGGAAGGGCAGGGACGAGGGCGACAGCAGGAGCUCGUGCCAGUAUGAGCAUGGGCGUGCGGGGCAAGGAGAGGAGGGUGAGCAGCGAGUGAGGAAGGCUGGAGAGAGGAGGGGGGUGCCAUGGGUGUGUGCACCGGCUCACAAGCAUGUGAGGGAGAGCCCUCUGAGCUCCGUUGCCAUCUUCCAACAGAGCCAUGCAGGGCUGUUCAACUUGUGCAUUGUGCUGCUGGUGGCGGUCAACAGCCGCCUCAUCAUUGAGAACCUCAUGAAGUAUGGCAUCCUGGCGCGCUCUAGCUUCUGGCUCUCCAGCAGCUCGCUGCGUGAAUGGCCUCUGCUCAUGUGUGGGCUGAGUCUGGCAGCGUUUCCCCUAAUGGCGCUCUGCAUUGAGAAGCUGCGCGCACACGGCUACAUUACUGAGCAGGUGACGGCAUUUCUGCAUGUUGUCAACAUUGCAGGAGAGUUUCUCUACCCAGCUAUCGUCAUCAACAGGGUGCAUUCUCAGCCCCUGGGCGGGUUUCUGCUGAUUUUUGUGGCGGUGACGGUGUUCAUGAAGCUCAUCUCGUACGCGCACACGCUGCAUGAUGUGCGCAAGAAGCUGUCGGAAGGCCAUCAGUUGGUGCCUGCUGCAGGGGCGCCAGUGGUGCAGUACCCUCUGAACCUCACAGUGGGCAACCUCUGCUACUUCAUGGCUGCGCCCACCCUCUGUUACCAGCUGGGGUAUCCUCGAGCACCGCAUGUGCGCAAGGGGUGGCUGCUGCAGCAGGUGGUGAAGCUACUCACGUUCACAGGGCUCGUGCUCUUCAUCAUUGAACAGUACAUCAACCCCAUAAUCAAGAACAGCCAGCAUCCCCUCAAGGGGCACUCUCUGUACAGCAUAGAGCGCGUCUUGAAGCUCUCCAUCCCCACUCUUUAUGUGUGGCUCGGCAUAUUCUUCUGCUUCUUCCAUCUCUGGUUGAACAUCCUGGGCGAGUUGCUGUGCUUUGGGGACAGGGAGUUCUACCGGGACUGGUGGAACGCCAAGACCAUAGAGGAGUACUGGAAGCUUUGGAACAUGCCUGUGCACCGGUGGAUGGUGCGCCACAUCUACUUUCCCUGCCUCUCCAUCGGCCUCACCAAGCCGCUGGCAGUGUUCGUGGUGUUCUUCCUCUCAGCUGUCUUCCACGAGGUGCUGAUUGGAAUUCCCUGCCACAUGUUUCGCCUCUGGGCUUUCCUUGGCAUGAUAUUUCAGGCAAGCGCUCUGCCACUCCCUUGCCUCAAUCCGUUCUACCUGCUCAUGCUUUGCUCUCUAUACUUGUGGAUAGGUGAGGCAUGGCUGGAUGGUGGUCGUCCUUUCAAUACUGUGUGCGUGUCUCCCUGCCCUCUUUUCCUCCCCUCUAGAUACGACUCUGGUCUGGAUCACCAACUAUCUUUACCAGAAGUUUCAAAAUCCAAUGGUGGGCAACAUGCUCUUCUGGUUCUUCUUCUGCAUUGUGGGCCAGCCUGCAUCGAGGUGGUUGGCGGGCGAAAAGAGCGGAAAGUGAGAUCGCGUGCGGCGAUGGCGAUGGGCGACGUGGAGUUGGUGUCGCGGUCGUUGCAGUUGGAGCAGAAGCUCUUCCACCUCGACCUCAAGGACAACCCGCGCGGCCGCUACCUCAAGAUCAGCGAGCGCACGGCGCUGAACCGGUCGACGAUCCUGGUGCCGGUGGCGGGCGUGGUGUGGUUCGUGGAUCUGUUCAACUACUACGCCAACGGCGGCGAGCAGGGCCAGCUCAACAGCAAGGAGCUGCAGCUCGACUCCAAGGUGUUCUACUUCGACGUGGGAGAGAACCCCCGUGGUCGAUUCCUCAAGGUGUCGGAGGCCAGUCGCGUGCAUGGCCGCAGCACCAUCAUAGUGCCUGCCACCACGGGGACCACCCCAGGCGCCACUGAUGAUGGCUGGGCCGCCUUCCGCAAUGCGCUGGUGGAGAUUCAUGAGGCUUCCCUUACUCUGCCAGGCGCCGCUCCUGGUGUGAACACGGCUGUGGCAGCAGCAACGACUGCAGGCUAUGAUGCAGGUGCAGCAGCAGCAGGGGGCACUCAGGGGGUUUUGGCAGGCUUGGGCUCUUCAGCCGGGGGUGCGGUGGGGCCGGGAGGUGCGAUGGCAUCGCGUGUGAUAGUGGCGGACCAGAAGCGCUUCUUCCUCGACCUGGGCUCCAACCCGCGCGGCCACUUCCUCAAGAUGUCUGAGGUGCUUGGCGCAGAUCGCUCUUCUAUCAUCAUCCCAGCGUCUGCUGUUGCCCAAGUGCAUGACGCCAUCGGUCAGCUCAUUGCUGAGCUGCAGGCGCAUGGAGGGUACUCCUCGCAGCCUGCUGGCCCUGUCGUCCGCACUCUUGGGCCUGCACCGAAGCGCCCGGAGAAAUGA